UACAACAGUGAGCAAAUGUGCAAAGAUUUGCAUGAUUACCAUGCUGAUCUGUCUUUUCAGACAGGUCUGAGAGGUGUCCUUCAGGACAACGACAGGAAAAGACAACUGAAAUCCUGUAGUACCCUGCCUGUCUCUCUAAUUGAAAUGAAAAGCAAUAUGUUCACUGUGAAGAGACCUUUCAGCACUUCACACUCAUCAGUGGAUUCAAAGGAAAUUAAAAAGUUCCAGCUCCUUGCACAUAAGUGGUGGGAUGAAGAAGGAGAAUAUGCAGCCCUUCAUUCUAUGAAUGAUAUUAGAGUUCCAUUUAUUAGAGAUACUCUGUUGAGCAUGAGUAGUAAUUAUCAUCUGGGAAAUCCACUUUCUGGAGUCAAGAUUCUUGAUGUGGGCUGUGGCGGAGGACUGCUGAGUGAGCCUUUAGGUAGACUGGGAGCUUCAGUUACUGGAAUUGAUCCUGUGGAGGACAACAUUAGAACAGCAGAUCAGCACAAGUCAUUUGAUCCAGUGCUGGCCAAGAGAAUACAGUACAAGUCCAGUUCACUGGAGGAGAUUGUGGAGGAGUCUAUGGAAACCUUUGAUGUAAUUGUAGCUUCUGAAGUAGUGGAGCAUGUGGCUGACCUUGAAAUGUUUAUCAAGUGUUGCUCUCAGGUGUUAAAGCCUGAAGGUUCUUUAUUCAUUACGACAAUCAAUAAAACACAAUUGUCCUAUGUCCUGGGAAUUGUGGUUGCAGAAAAAAUAAUGGGGAUUGUACCAGAAGGAACACACGAAUGGGAGAAAUUUGUUCCCCCUGAAGAGCUGGAGUGCCUCCUGGAAUCAAAUGGCUUUUCAGUCAAGACUGUGAGUGGGAUGUUGUAUAAUCCGCUCUCGGGCUCCUGGAGCUGGACGGAGAGCACGAGCCUGAACUACGCAGUGCACGCAGUGAAGUCUGGGGCUCAGGCACAGUCGCACGCCACAGACACCCCGCCAGAGACAGACACCCAGCAGCACUCAGCCACAGCUGGCACAGCUGGCACUGUCCCAGACAGCACUGUCUGACAUGUGUGGUGAUGGACUGUCACCAGAACAGAAAAUGAGCUUCUGCUCAGAUGGACACAAUAAAACCUUUGCUAACAACAAGCUUCCUGUUUGCAUCAAUAAUACUUGUGCUGUUUUUGGCCAAAUAUUUAGGGUCUCAAAAAAAUCAAGUGCUCAGUAUCUCAGGAAUCUUUUAAGAUUGAAAUGAGCAAAGCUUUUAAAGAAUAAGUAUUUUCAUGAGAAAGGAGUUUCAAAUUGUUGGAUGGGGAAAUGCAAAUUAUUGUUGGUAGCUUGGAGGACGCUUUAUUAUGUGGUGGCAUUUUCAGUCCUGCUGGGACUCAGAUCUCCAUAGAAUAAUGGCAUAGAUGUAGAGUGAGUUAAAAACCAUGAUGCUGUACAGUAAAUAAAAUGCCUUAAGUAUUUAAAAUACUCAACUCUGUAAAAAUACAUGAAACACUUAAGAUCUACAAACACUUUUUUCUGUAAUACACCUUUCUCCCUGAGGAGGGGAAACAAAAUAGCAAACCUUUACUAUUGAGUCCUACUGUGGGACCAGAGUGCCUCAGCCAUCAAAGCCGCUUCACCAUAAAGAUAUUUGUAUCUGUGCCUAUUAUUCAACUUUCUCCCUCUACCCAAAUAGAGGCUGCAGGUAACAUUUUACUAAGCAACCAGAGCUCCAUGCUAGAAGAUUGACGCAUUAACAGUCGGUCCAAUAACUGCAGUGCCGUACCUAUUUAUUCUUAAUGAUCUAGCAUCCUGGUAAGGAAAAGUCAUUUCCAAUGAAACAGAACUUUCUAAAUAUGAAGUCAUGUGUGUGUCUAUGACUGCAUGUCUUUCAUUCUUUCUCCUUUAUCUUUCAGCUUGUACACAGCUAGAACAGUGUCUUGUUUUUGUUUGCAGGGUGAAAACGAAACUUUUUUCUCCAGCCAUUUAUUCCUGCAACAAAACAGAUCAGAGUAAGAAGCUGAUCUUGCAAAAGAAAAAAGAAAAAACAACAAAAAGGGAAUCCAGCAGAGCAAACAAUAGUGUUCUGGGUGGUCUCAGCUAUUCAGCUGUGGUUUGGCUUGUUGUGUUGUUUCAUCUCUCCCACAUUGCUCCACAUGGUCCCAGUCCCAGCUCUUUGCUUGUCUGAGGUGUAAAUAUUUUUUUUGCUUUCUUUCCUUUUUUUUUAUUAUGUUUCCCUGGGAUUCUGCUGGUGCUUGUGCUGUUCAGGGGGCUGAAUUUUCGCACUGUGGAGGACUGGUGCCAUUUGGGAGGUAAGCACUGGGAGUAAAUAGACAGGGAGAAGAUGGAACAGCUCCUUGAGGGGCAGUAGGCUUUUAGGUUGCCUCAGCCUGUCUUGUGGAACAGCACAUUCAAAUUAUAAUUGAAACAUUAAUUGUGCUCAAACCCAACUGGAGUAGUAUGAGAG